CGUACACAGACAGACACACGCAUCCCAUAGUGAGGGCAGAGGCAGACAGCAGGCAAGGCAGAGAGGGGAGAGAGAGAGCCCCAAAGCAGCCUUGUGCCUCUGAGCUGGGAUCUGCCAGGGCACAGCCAGCAUGUUGGUCCUCAGCCCUCUUGUCCGGGGAUCUUACCUGCUGCUUUUCUUCUGCUUUGCUUUGCCUCAGACUGCGUACGCUGACAAUGUCUUCUCAUUUUCAGCAGAUCUGCCUUGUUUGGAACAGAAGAAGCAGCACUGCAGAGCACGCUGCCUCCUUGGCCCUCCUCCACCGCCCCUGCUCCCACCACCGUCCUUCAGGCACAGCUGGAGCACUAAGCUGGAUAUGGAAGAGCUGUGCCAUGAGCUCCAGAUAAUACAGGCUUCCACUCUGCCUGAAUUGCACUGCUCUGCAGGGCCUCCUGGCCCCCAGGGUCCACAAGGAAUUCCUGGUAUAAUGGGACCAAAAGGGGAGAAAGGGGAGAUUGGCAGGCCUGGAAGAAAGGGCAGACCAGGUCCCCCGGGCGUCCCUGGGAUGCCAGGACCAGUAGGAUGGCCUGGACCUGUGGGACAGAAGGGUGAAAAGGGAGAGUUGGGUGUGAUGGGAUUGCCAGGUACAAGAGGACCAAUGGGCUCCAAGGGUUUUCCUGGAACUAGAGGAGAAAAGGGAUCCAGAGGUGACAGAGGUGACAAAGGAGUCAAAGGAGACCCGGGAGAAAUAGGCUUCCCUGGAAUGCUGGGACAAAAAGGAGAGAUGGGCCCCAAGGGACAGUCUGGAGUACCAGGACACAGAGGACCUAUAGGAAGACCUGGAAAACGAGGCAAACAAGGACUCAAGGGGGACAUUGGACCCGCAGGUGUCAUGGGCCCGCCUGGCAGGCCUGGCCCUGUUGGCCAGCCAGGCCCCCCUGGACCCUCAGGUCUAGGGCAAUUUGCAAUAGGACCAAAGGGAGAAAGAGGACUGCCAGGGGCUCCAGGGAGAUGUCUCUGCAGAACCCCACAGCAAAUGAGUAACCCAUCAUACGAGCAAUCUGUGUUUGGACACAGCUACCCCAAGGUUCCCGCGAUUUUUGUGGUGAACAAUCAAGAAGAAUUGGAUCGGUUAAACACCGAGAACGCGUUAGCAUUUAGAAGAGAUCAGAGAUCUUUGUAUUUCAAGGAUACCUUUGGAUGGCUCCCAGUCCAGCUCUCCCCUCUGUACCCCAUGGAUUACCGCCUGGAGGAGGGGGGCACCUGUGGAGAUGGCGUCGUGCAGGAUGGGGAGGAGUGCGACGACGGCAACGCGGUGGUGACCGAUGACUGCAUAAGAUGCCGCCGUGCUUACUGCGGAGAUGGCUACAAGCACGAGGGGGUUGAAGACUGUGAUGGGAUGGAUUUUGGAUACUUGACGUGUAGAACAUACCUUCCUGGGUCUUACGGGAAACUGCGCUGCACUCCUUACUGCUACAUUGACUCCACACAGUGUCGAUACUUCACAUGAGGGAGCAGAGGUGGGCAGCAUCCCUCGCCUAGGGGUGCUAGGUGCUACACUAUCACCUACCAAGAAGGACUGGGACACAAAAACCUCCCACCCACCUCUGAGAAAACAAGCAAAGACACAUCAUGCUGCUGAUGGCCAUUCUGAGAUUUUUUUUUAAAUAUAGAUUUGUCAGAUAGGGAAAAAUAGGACCACUGCAUCCUGUCUUAAUAGAGAAACUAAUGUCAAGCUGUGUGUGCCAGUGAGACUUCCAUGCAGCUGUGGAUGGCUCUCCAUCACAAAAGCAACAUUAAACUACUGGAAGCUGAGUUUCAUUAACCAGGAAUGCCAUGUAACAAUUACCUCGACUUAGCACUGUUAAACCAAAUAUAAUCUCUUCGGGGGUUUUGUCUUUAACCCUUCUCUGCAUAAACACAAAGCAUAUCUUGGAUGCGGUGUUUAGAGGAACUUUCAUUACAAUGUGAACUUAGCAAAUGUUGCAUCCACUAGAGAUGACUUCAGCAACUCUUAAGGUUACCAAUGCUCCUUCAUUGGUCAAAGGAGUUGAAGUUCUUUCAGAAUCAGCAAAUCAGUCAAAUAAGCUGGUUAACAUCACCUUCAGGCCAAGGCGUUGUCUGUGUGUGUCUGUGCACUACAAGCAGUCACAAGAGACUGGCAAAACACACCACAAAAGGACAAACUGGACAAAAAAACUGUGAAAUAGCCAAGAAGUUCUCUCCCAGGAGAAAAUCAGACAAGGAGGGAAGAUAAUGAAGGAACAUAUUUCUGUAUUUUUCUCCCCCGUGCUGAGCUGGCUGGGCUCUGCCUGACCCCAAGGGGCCGGGAUAGCAUCAGUUCCCUGCCCACGGCCAUGUACACAUUGCCUUCUCUCUGGUGUCCACACUGGAAGGUCUUGGCAUUUGCAACCCCUUGUCCACCCAGCCAUCACCACUCAAUUCCCAGUUAUCCCCUGUGCUCCCUCCCCCCUGUGCCACUGGUGGUUGUCCCAGUGUGUGCGCUCACUUUUGUAUUGCCGUAAGUCAGACCGCAGAGUAGCACGUCCAUGGAUACUGUGCAAUGUACACUUGGGUUUUUCUUUUUUGGGAAGGUCUCUCAACUAUAUCAGCUCUGGUUGGAGUCAGGGUAAUUAUAUACUUAUUUAUUAGCAAGCAGUAAAGAGCCAAUUUUACAUGGAAAGCAUAUUAAAUGUCAUGUGACAAAGAUUCUAUAACAGAAAAUGAAACCAAGAAUGUGCAGAAUUCAGGACUAAAAGCCUUAAAACUAGGCAUUAUUUUAAUACAAGCCACUCUUUCCUGCUUUGUGGUAAAUGUUGUACAGGACUGUGUGAAAUGUGUGAGUUAUCUGUGCCAGCGACAGCACUGCAACAGCUGCACUGACACUGGCACAUCUGCAGAGCUUAAAUAAAGGUGGAUGUUGUGUUAUAAUGAUGAUGCAUUACAGCAAUUAAGAAACACAUGCAACUUUUACCACCUGCCUAGAAGACUUUAACUAUGCAUGUAUUAAGUGAUAUUGGAAAUCACCAAUCAGCAACAAAACAAGAAAGAAAAUUUGUGUACUCUUUAUGAUUAUCACUCACCUGGGCUAUUUAUGUUGCUAUGAAGCCAAGUCACCAGCACCUGUAGCCCAGUUCAACAGUUUAAUUUUUUUUUUUUCUUAACUGAGGUCUUAAUAAAAGGUCCAGGAACCACUGGGACAAGAAAAUUGCCACAAACUCUGGAAAUCUGGGCACUAGUACAGUUGCCUUUUUAAUUUCCUGUGCUAGAGCUAGCAGCAGGUUCCAGCAGCAUCACACCAUGAGGAGCAGGUUCUGGUUGUUGGGAGGCUCUCGAGGACAAACACACUCCCAGCAGCACAUCCCUCUGGGUGAAUCCCUGGCAGAAUCUGCUGGUGUUGCCAUCCUGGGAUGGAGGCACUCCAUCUGAACUGCUCACCUUCUCCAAGGAGUUAAUCUCAAUCCCCCAAAAGGCUGGAGUCUCUGAGAAGUUGGUCAUUCCAGUGGCCUUUCGCCUUCAGUUUUCAGUGCGAUCGUUUUUCAUUAAAAGCUCCUACCUCCAAGGGACAUUGAAAUAACAAAGCUAUGUGCAUGGAAAAUGUAAAGAGGAGAUGUGGUCACCCAGGUAAAAUACUGUGCUGCUUAUGUUCAGAAAGAAGCUAUCAGCCUGGUCAGUCUGGGAACACUUGCACAGCAUGGAUUUUAAAUGGACAAAGCAAUGUGAAAUAUAAGAAAACAUAAAAAAGUUUCGUACUGCCAUUACUGUCUUGCUCCCCUCAGAAGAUAAAGCAUGAGAAAGACAUAAAGUAUAUAUGAUUUAAAAUGCUGCAAAAUAAAUCCUUUGCCCUCAUUACUGACAUACCUAACUUAUCAUCAACUGGGUAUUCUUCAGCUGGGUGAUGCCUGGUCUGCUACAAAUUGUCUUCCCUCCUUCUCUGAGUUUGGGAACUUAAAACAUUGUGCCAAGACUGGUUCAAAAGUUAAUUGGAACAUUUCAGUUCAUUGGACUUUUGUAGCAGCAUACACUUUUGGGAGAGUUUUCUAAUGAUUAGUAUGCAACUCUAGGCAAGUACAAAGCAUUAUGCCAUGCACUGUAUUAAUGUAUACCAAAAAAUCUGGCUUGCACUUAAUAUGUGAUUAAAUAUAUGUAAUUGCCUACUGCAUAUAUUAGCAGCUCAUGUCAAUAAAUCAUGCUACCUUA